CAGGCGGUGAAGUUUGAAUUUGAAGACCAAGAAAAAAAUAAGCGUUACAGCAAUAAAUAAUAGUUUAACGGUUGAAUUUUCCAUUUAUCUUACAAGUUACACAUAUGACUGGAUGGCUACAGACAGGGAAACACUGGUAAAAGAUUACAUGUCAAAGUUUCUGAAGAAGCAUGAUUUACAUGAUAGUAUUGAUGCUGUUGAUGAGAUAGUGUUGAGUUAUGUCAUAAGUAUCUUGGAGGAUUUAGGAGAUGACCAGAAUGCUGAGGAGAAUAUUGAUGUGGACCAGUUUACAGAGAUGAUAGAUGCAUACAUUCCUGGAUUCUGUAAUAUUGACAGUGUAGAAGUUUGUGAGUGGAUGUUUUCCUUGUCUACAGAAUUAGCAAAGGAAAAUGAAGAUAGUCCUUACAUUCCAGUAGACAACACAUCAGAACCAAGUAGUCCGGUAACUGAUAUUAUAGGAGCUACAGCAUUACCUCUGAUAGAUAGCACAGAAGUCAAUGGAAAUGUGGAAUCCUUUCCAGAGGACACUGAAGAUGAUACAGAGCUAGUCACUAUGUUGUUGGAGAUGUUCCCCACAGCCUGUUCUUUAGAAAUAUCCCAUUGUCUGGCACUUAGUAAUGGUGACCCUGACAGUGCAGCACAAUUGAUUAUACACAGACAGGAGAUUGGAGAUUGUAUAGUAUCAUCUAAUAACAGUAAGAAAAAGAAAGACAUGGUGCUUGAUGACAACAAAGUCAAGAGUCAUAUCAUCAGCAGGUUUUCAUAUGUAGACACAGAUGCUGAUAAGAAAACACAUACUCCAACUUUUCAAAAAAAGGAAUCAAAGAAACUUGUACGAUAUUUGGACAAUAAAGUUGUCAGCACAAAAGGCGAAAAAUUUACUGAGAUUAAGAAGGAAAAUUCAGAAGACAUGAAGAAAACUUAUAUCAACCUCAAACCUGCCAGAAAAUACAGAUUUCAUUAAAAAGAAGACAAGUUUCAAGACAUGAAUCUGUAAAUCAAAUUCACUGACUUGCUUGCAAGUCUUGAACAAAAGUUACAUAUCCAUAAUUUAGUCUCUGUCAGAAUGAUUUUUCUUCAUUUCAUAUUCUUAGUGCCAACUUCAAUUUCAAAAAUGUCUUUUGGUUUUGGGGAUUUUGUGUCAAGCAUCAGUGAUUACAAAAUUAAUGGUUAAAAUUAAAUUUUUAAAUGUUAUAACUAUUCAGAUUUUCUUUUCAAGCUUCCAUUAUUAUUAAAAUAGAAAAUUGAUACAAAGUUUUAAAUGCUUCAGUGCAUUUGACAGGCCAUGUGCUUUGAAAAAUAUUUUGAUUAUCUCCCUUAUGUACAAAUUUUUCAAAAAUUACUGACGAGCUGAAAUCUUUUUACCAUAUUCAGAUUUUUGCCACUUGGACAAUAUUUAAAUCAAAUGAAUCUCAGGAUUGAAUAUCUAUAAAGCUUUUAAAUUGUUAUGUUUGGCAUUUCUUGGAAAGAACAAUUACUUUUAAUAGAAAUUGUCAAUAUCUUUAUAUUUUUGCCUCAUUGUAAACUGUUAAGUAAGCAUUUAGUUAUAUUCCUUCCAUCCAAAAAGUUGUCAUGAUUGUAGACUUAUUUUAAUUUUUGAAUUCUUGUGUAUUCUGUAUGUAAGGGGUAACAUGUUUUCCUUGCAAGGUUUUGUAAAUGAAAGUGGUAUAUGAGCAGCAUGAAUUUUAGUUAGUCAUUCACCAUACUGUAAAUUCAGAAAUUAUUGCAUGUAUUUAUUAUUGCAAUUUUUGAAGAAUGGCCACUAAUGCGAGAUUUAUUAUUGCAAUCUCAGAAAAAUCUUCAUAAAUAUAUAUGCAUCAGAUAUCAUAAUGCGAGUUCUUAUUAUUGCGACACUCAUCCAGUCGCAUAAUUUGCAUUAAUAAAAACCUCUGAAUUUACCAUAUAUUUUGAUACUGUGGAUUCAUUUGUUUUCAUCUCUGUUCAUGGAUAUAGUAGAAAUUGUAGUUUUCUGAAUAUUUGAUUUCAUGUUUUUACAAAUUAUGUAUACAAGCCUAUAGAAGAUAAAUAUGUGUUAUCUAAAUUCCAUUUUGUUAUUUUAAAUUCUGCACCUCAUCCCACUAAAUCCACUAAAGUAGUACUUAAAGAAUAAUAACAUUGAAUCCACAGUAUAUGUGAUGUAAUUACACAUUUCCAUGAUAUUUUAUGAAUAACAUUUCAUCGACGUCGUACAUUGUGAUUUUCUUCUCUUUUUUUUUAAGUGGAUGGUACUCUCAAAUUUGUUUCUGGUUUUAUUUUCCAGAAAAAAAUAAGAAAUGACAGGCUAGUCCUUUAAACAUUUUAAUACAUUUUAAGAUUGACAAAAACAAAAUUAAUUCGUCAAAACAAACAUUAAAUGCCAAGACAAAAUGUAUAUAUGUAUUUCAUCAUUGGAGUUCUAUCACACACUGUUAAAACAAAGUUAUUUCCCAUUACCUUACCAUUCAACAUUACACAACUUUUUCACUGAAAAAUUACUUUCCAUCCUUUUUUUCUUAUUUUCAUAGACUGCAUAUUUGAUUUAAUGUAAACAAAAAAAAUUCUACCGCUGAAUAGAAAAAGGUGCAAAAUUUGGGUGUAGUUGAAGAAUUUGUUUAUCUAUUAGUUUUUUAAUGGUAAUUUGAUAGGUUAAAUUUUAUCAUUCUUUGUCAAUAAUCUACAAAACAUUAUGUCAUUUUAGUGUGACAACUUCUGGCAAAGACUCUUUGCUGAAGAUGCAAAUAAAAAAAAAAAAAAAAUAGAAAGGAAAUUGUAUAUAAAAAUUUAAUUUCAACAUAUACUGUUGAUAAAAAAAAAUCAACAGUCGACUCUAAAAUAUGAAACAGCUUAGAAUCUGAGUGAAGAAAUAAUUAUUUUGUGAUGUUUUUAUUAUUGCAAAAAAUUGCGACAGUACAGGUUUCCCAAAAUAAAAAGUUACAUUUAAAUGUUUACCGCAUAUAAAAGGCAAUUACUGAAAUUUCAUUAAUUGAUGUUGCAUAAAUUGUGAAAUUAAAUGUACUUACAAUUUUCAUUUGCAAUACAUAAUUUCCAUUUAUUUUAUCAUUGCGAAUCAAUAUGCAAGAGUUGAGAGACUUCCAAUAAAUGAUAAAAAUUGUCAAAAAUGAAUAAAUGUAAUUUUUCACUUGUUUGUAUAACAUAUAAUCUUUAAUGGUAUUGCAUCAGAUGUAAGGCCAGUGUGUGUUAUUUUGUAACAGUGUUUUGAUUAUAUACUCAUUCACAUACAUGUACAUGCAUAUUCGUUUUUUAAAACUUAAAGCAUUGAAAAAAAGUUGAAAGUCAUUUAUAGUUUCAUGUUGCUAUAUAGUAAAAUAGUGAUGAAGAUGUGUUCAGUUUAUAGUAUUUGCAAAAAUAGAGUGUUAGAAUAGUUAACAAUUUGUGUUUAUCAAGUAUAUGUUUGUCAACACUAAUUUACAUUGUUUUAGAAAGUAGAUAUAUGUGAAGUGAAAGUUUUUAGGAGUCAUGGAAGCAUAUUAAGGAUGUUCGCUCCUUUUGUUUUUGAAUUUUUGCCAUAUUUUCGGAAUCCUUUGGUUUUAUCCAUGUUUUGCCAUUAAAAAAUUUUGUCCACUAACCCCUACUUUUUUUUCAUAAUUUUAUUACAUAUAGUUUUAAAAGCCAUAUUUGAAAAUCUU